AUGACCGGCGUUCCAGCCUCAAUCAUCGCCCAACUCGUACGAGAUGCUCAACAAGACCCUCAACUCCCCCGCGCAAACCCCACAGAAGCUUUCUGGCAACUACCACCCUCCGAACUCUCCUCCCACCAAUCCCAAUCCCUCCCCUUCAAAACCACCUACGCCAUAAUCGGCUCCGGCAUAACAGCCUGCAGCGUAGCCAAAAACCUCUUCGAAAACCUCCCCCCAUCAGACUCUUCAUCCCACAUCACAAUCCUCGAAGCCCGCACGCUCUGCAGCGGCGCCACAGGUCGAAAUGGCGGACACUUAGUCUCCCCAUUCCCAGAAGAAUUCAGUAUUUUCGAAAAAUAUGCUGGAAAAGAAGCCACGACGAAAAUCGCGAGAUUUGCGAAUCGGACGUUAGAGAGUAUGCAUCAAUUGGCGGAGGAGGGAGAUGAGGAGUUGAGGAGGGUGGCGGAGGUGAGGAGGGUGAGAUCUGUUUGUGCGUAUUAUGAUGAGGGGGUGUUUGAGGAGACGAAGAGGUCUAUGAGGAGGUAUGAGGAGUGUUUGCCGGAGGAGAAGGGGGAUGGGGAGUUUUUUGGGAAGGAUGAGGCGAGGGAGAAAUGGAACUUCAAGAACGCAGUUGGAGUCAUUGUCAACCGAGCUGGAGCAUUUUGGCCUUAUAGACUUGUUACUGGACUUUUUGAACGCAUGCUGGAGGAGUAUCCUGGUCGCUUUGCUAUCGAGACGAAUACACCUGUGACUGGAGUUGGAUAUGACACAUCAUCAGACAAAGAGUAUCCUUACAGCGUACAAACAAGUCGAGGUGUGGUUCGAGCUUCUAAAGUCAUCUACUGCAGUAACGGCUUUACUGGCCAUUUGCUUCCAAAGAUGCGAGGCAAGAUCUGGCCACUGCGAGGAACAAUGUCAGCUCAAGCCGCUGGUCCAGAGUUCCCAAAUGAAGGAGGCAAAAAGUCCUGGUCGACGUUUGAUCAACCAAAGUAUGAUCCCAAGACUGGACAGUUCUCGUAUGGCUUGUACUAUAUCACGCAGAAUGCGAAGACUGGAGAUAUCUUCAUCGGAGGCGAAAAGCAAUAUCCGAGUGAGAUACUCAACAGCGACGACACAGUCAUCAGCAGCGUCUCAAAAGACGCACUGGUCAAUGUUUUGCCAAAGAUCUUCGACAAAGGAUGGCCCGAAGGCCAAGCUCCCGAGGUGAGGAAAUGUUGGUCUGGGGUCAUGGGCUUUACUGUCGAUGCAGUCCCGUGGGUCGGCGAGGUUCCUGAGAGCAUCACAGGCCGACCGGCUGGAGGUGAAUACAUUGCUGCUGGCUUCAACGGCUACGGUAUGCCGCUCUGCUGGGGAUGUGGUGAAGCUGUAGCCAAGAUGCUGCUUGGUAAGAAGGACGAGGUCAUGCAAUGGCUGCCGGAGAACUUCCUCAUCACCGACGCAAGACUCAGGUCUCCUUACAGUAUGACGGAAGCAGGGAUCUAUACUAUGCUGAUGCAAGAGCCCUCUUUGACAACGAUGGCGAGGAUAGGAUUGAAAAAUGUUGCGGGCAGGUUGUUUGGGAAGGCUUCCGGAUAG